AAAGUGCACUCUAAAGGUUGCUCAAUGCCAUUGUGUGGGACCCGCGCGCUGGCAUCAUGUGCACAUGUACGUAUACCCGCAGGUCGACAACCAUCUUGACUCAAGGAGGGAGGAACUUUGAGGGUGUGAAAACCAUCCUGACGGGCGAACGCAAACGCAGCAGAACAGAGGCACCAUGUCCGGAACCGACAUGGAGCUCGCGUGGGGGCUCACGGUCACGGCGAGCCUCUCCACGUUGGCCGGCGCUGCCAUCGCCAUGGCGCGCGAACCUGUCGCGCUGAGCAUGGGCGCGGGCCUUCGCUCGCUCGGCGUCGCUGCGGCGCUCGCGCUUGCCGCGGGCGUCAUGCUGUUCGUCGCCGUGGCGGAGCUCUUCGGAAAGAGCGAGGAGUAUUUCCUGGAGGGCGGCCAGGACGAGAACCAUGCCAAGCUGAGCGCCGCGCUCUCGUUCUUUGGUGGCGCGUGCCUUGUGCUGCUCGCCAACGAGGUCUCGGUUUGGAUCUCGCCCGAGCACGGUAAUUUCGAGCUGACGCCGAAGCCGCCGCCUGUCGCGGCUGGUGCCGCGGCCGGUGGCGAUGACGGCGAUGCGGCGCCGCAGGCGCCAUGCCGCGCCGCGGACGCCGUCUACUACCGCCUCGGCGUGCAGACUGUGGCGGCCAUCGCGCUGCACAACUUCCCCGAAGGCCUCGCCGCCUUCCUCGCCACGAUGGCCGAUGGCAGGUCGGGCCUGGGCAUCGCCUUCGGCGUCAUCCUGCACAACGUGCCCGAGGGCCUGUGCGUCGCAGCCCCGAUCUACCUGUCAACACGCUCGCGCGCGAAGGCGCUGGGCUGGGCGGCGGUUGCCGGCGCCGCCGAGCUGCUCGGCGGCUGCACGGGCUGGUUGCUGGCGCGCGGCAAGGGCAGCGCCGAGGUGGACGGCGUGGUCUUCGGGGCCCUCUUCGGCAUGGUGAACGGCAUUGUGGUUGUCAUCUCGGCGCUCGAGUUCUUGCCGAAGGCUCUGCAGAUCGAGCGCAACGCGGCGGCGCACGCGGUGCUGACGGGCGGCAAGCCCCGCACCAACGUGGUGUCGACCAUGUUCGUUGCGGGCAUGGCGCUCAUCGCCCUCACGCUCAUCGUCGAGGCGUACUAGGAACGAACCUUCCGUCGUGGGUGAACUCAUCAGCAGGUAUGGCCCAAAGGCCUUCAUGGUUGGUUAGCAACGCUGAGCCUGACCUUUCGAAGAGCUCGGCGGCUGCGGGGCAUAAGGAUGGGCCCAGGAUUCCACUGAGACUAAGACCUGUGUUCUGGAUGGUGGGCGCCUUGCUGCGCAGGGACGCAGGUUCAUCGUGUAUUUUCAGCCCGCCCGGUGGCAUCUUGGCGAGGCGCAUUUGAUCCAUGCAACCACUCGGCGACCGCACCUGACACUCUCAUGGUGGUGGGUGUGAGACUGCUUUCUUUGGGCACCUGCUGCGCAUGGCCGCAGGCUCACCGUGUCUCUCCAGGCGUUAUAAGGCACGUUCCGUCAACUUUUUUGUCAAAUACCCGGAACAGUCUUGUAUGGUGUUGGGCUGUUUCUUGGGUGCAACGCAGCGCAGUGAUGCAGGACCAUCCGGUAUCAUCAGCCCGCAUGGUGGCUUCACAUCGUUUUGUCAAUCAUCAAGUUCUCUUGACUGAGCGACACGAUCUGUUGGGCCCUGGUUUCCCAACACCAGUGUGCUACGCUCCGCCUUCCCUGUCUCCUCCAGAAGCUUCCAGGCACCCAAAUUGCCGAACGCGUCCAAAGAAAGCACCAUCGAUCUUCGAUUUUCCACCCUCUCCACC